AAAUUUUUUACUAUAAUUAGACAAAGAAUAAGUUAAAAGAAUUUACAUAGUGUGCAUUAUAUCUAUGUAUCAUUGAACAUACAUUUUAAGGAAUAAUAUUACUUAUAUUAAUUCAAUAUGAUGUAUAAUAUAUAAACUGUUCAUAGUUUAUUAUAUCUCAUAGCAACUAAUUUCAAUUAUCAAUAUCGAACCAAACAACAACAACAACAAAACAAAGGACAAAAAAAGGGGGAGGAUCAUGAUCUUAUCAAUAGCAGAAAAAUAUUGGAAAAAUAUAAUUAUCUUAUCAAAUGUUAUAUUUAUUGUAUACAGUAUUGUGCUUAUUUCAUUAGGUAUAGAUAAAUUGAAUUAUUUAAACAGAUUUACCAUUAUAUUACAUAAUACUAUACCAAUUAUAAUUCCAAUGAUUAUUUCCAGUGGAUUAUUAUGUUUAUUUACUGCAUUCAUUGGUAUAAUUAGUUUAAUAAAACAAAUACAAUAUAUUGCAUUAAUUCAUAUUGGUGGUUUAAUGAUUAGUGCAAUUAUCGAAUUUAGCACAGCAACAAUGUCAGCUAUUUCUAAAGAUCAGUUUUUUAUGAAAGUAAAUUCUUCAUUACAUGAAUCUAUAGUACAUUAUCAUAUGGAUUAUGAUAUUAAAAAUGAAUUUAAUAAUUUACAAAUGAGUCUUGGAUGUUGUGGUGCUUCCUAUUUUCGUGAUUAUUUAAAAAUACAUUCUACAGUACCAUCUUCUUGUAAACCUACAUCAUAUGGAUUUGGUUGUGUUAGAGCAAUCAGUCGAUACAUGCAACAAUAUAUUAUAAUGUUAAUGUAUCUAUGCUUUAUUUUUGCAAUUUUAAAAGGGAUAUAUAUAAUUAUAUCAAUUUUAUUAUUUCGUAAAACAGUUGGCAAGGGAAAUUCAUCUGUGUAAACUUAACAUUAACAACACAUACACACACACACACACAAACACAAACACAAAAGGACAACAACGUUAUAAAUUACAAAACUACAAUAGAAUAACAUUGAUCUAAAUGACAUUGUUAAUAAAGGAUUGAAUUGUUAUGUCAAAUUUAUACAUGAACAGUUCUGAUUUCUACAUUUUGGAAAUAUUGAUCAUCAUUCAAUUUUGUUAUUUGUCAAUUGUUUUUUUCUUAAAAAUUGUUUUCUUUUGAAAAACUUCUUCAUACUAAUCACCAUAACAACAGAUUAGUUAAAAUAAUAUCAAUAUUAAAUUUAUUUGGUAUUGUUGUAUUA